UUCGAUCGAAUUGUUUUGUUCAAUCCUUAAACAUACUUUCCUCAGAAUUAAGGCGUCUAUACGGUUCUAAGAGAUUAAUUAGUGUAUCUCAUAUUGUACACUUGAGAAGUAGCACUUAUUGCGGCAAAUGUCUUCAUACAAAUGAACUUCAAAUCAACUAUAAAAAUACCACAACUAUUUAAAUAAGUUAUUCUAGCGAAACUAUUGGCUAUUGAAGUGGUGUCGACGUCGCGCCAAGUUUAUUUUAUUCGUCCAAUGGACAGUAUUUAUUACAACUGAUAGUCGACCUAGUGGUAAAUACUGCAUGUACAAUAAUUUACUGUGGUAGUCAUGAAUAACAUGUAUGUAAAUUCAAAUACGCUCUGUGUAAUGUAAGUUGUAACAAACUCUUCUUUAGAUUAACAAAUACACCUUUACGUUUUUUCUUGACUGAUUACUGGAUGAGAAACGCGUCUAAUGAACAAGCCAUCAAUGGAUGAAUUCGAUUGGAACGAAUAAAUGUAUUGGCCUUUUUGUUAAAGAUGUGAUGUUGCAUGCAAAAGUUUAUAUUGUCAAUCAGAAUUAAUAAAAAACUUCAUAGUAUGACGAAAAAGAGUAUCACGAAAGUCAAGAAAUCCACGAUCGUUUACAACUGCGUGCAUCGUAAGUGUCAGAUGGACAUGUAUGAAACGCGAUUGUAAAUAUAGACCACGAACAUGAUAACUUAGUUCACUGGGUUAACAGUCCAAUAUACGUGCUAAGGUCAUGGCCUAUACAAUCAAAUAAUUGUUACAUAACACCGCUUGUAUCUCUACCACUAUGUUGGUUUUCCCCAGUCUUUUUACUACAGCGAUGGAGGUUUCGCACGCUCUGGUUGGCUCGAUCGCUUUCAACUGCAACGGGUUUCCCAAUAAUUUCUUGAGUCGCUUUAGAGAAUUCGACACAAUUUAAUUGCGUCCAUGGUUUACAGAGAUUCUCCUAGAAAUGACGAAUUGGACAAUCCAUUGAUCCUAAUAAUAUUGACCGCUCUUGGUAUAAAUGGAUAUGUUUUGAAGAUUGAUAUAUUUAAAUGUUAGUAAGCAAUACCGAAACAUACUAGUAAAUCACGAUCGAAAAAAAUCAGCCAUGAAGAAGCUAUUUUAUGAGUACGUUGUGGUCCUUUGUGGACUGUUUUCAUACCAGGGUUUGCAAGCUGCCCCUUUGACAACAGAACAAUAUAGGUAUGACGAUAGUUUCUCGUCAAGUGACGUCAGCAGUAAGACGUCAGAAAGGGUCACCGAGUCAACGACAAUGACCCAAACAACGACCAGCCUGAGUUUAACGAUUAAUGCAUCGCAGCUUUCUGGCGUGUUCUUAUCUAUUGAGAGGCUACAGAUGAGGGUUGACGAACAAUUUAACAAACUGACGCUCGGUUCAAACGUUACCAGGCAGAACAUUUACACAUUAGAAGUCCAACAACAACGGCCGGUGUUAACGCCAGAAUCGACGGAACACGCACGUCAGUGUGAAACACAGACGUUGCUGGUGUCUAUUCGCAAGAUGUACUAUGAAUUCGAACCUUGGUGUAUCGAGAUGGAGUCCUUCGUUCCAGAAAAGGUUGUUAGAAACUACCUAUAUCAGACACUGGACGCUCUGGAUAGCUUGGUGGUUGAUAUAGGUUUUCACGCAAGCCCAGUAACUACAGAAAACACAUACGACGUCCUAAAAACUCUGGCGUCAUUGUACAUACAAAGUGAGCGUGCAGCAGACGGUAUUAAAAUGUUAUGGAGAACAUGCUUUUAAAAAGUGUAAAAGGAGAGUUACUUAAAAUGAUAAUUGUGCACAAAUGCAACGGAUUGUUGUUCUUGACAUUAUAUUUUGAUCUCAUGUACUAGUAUUUUGUAUUCUAAAUUGAUCUUUUCAUGUUAUGUUUAUGUUUUAAUUGAUAUGGAUUCACUUUUAUUAAUUUAUUUUUAUGUAUAUAAAUUGUGUUUAUUUAUUACGAUGUUCAUACUAUUUAAAUGCAUAUGCUUAAAAAACUCUAAACAUUUAUAACUCGCCACAGAAAGUUACAUAGUUAUAUUUUUAUACUAAGUUUACAUAUUUCUAUCUUAUACUGUGACUGCUAUUUAAUUAAUUAAUAUAUUAAUUGUUGUAUAAUAGUUUUACCGUAAAUGUAUUAUUAUUGAAUCAAAUGUGUUGUUGAGAUUAUUGCAUGAUAUUUAUAAUAUUUAUUUGGACAUCUAACAUGUUUGUGAAAUGAACGUAUAUAUUAUUAAUUGCUCUUAAAUGUAGG